AUGUCUGAACUAACAUCUAUAAUAAUGAUCUGUUGUUUUGAAUUAAUUUUCAUUGGAAAAUUCGUAUCUCAAAUCUGGCGCUUUUUUUUUGAUAGUCAACUAUCCAUUGUAUUGACAAAACUUGAAACAAUCCAUGAGAAAUUGAUACGCCUGAGUGUGGUCGGCCCGAUAAAAAUAAAAAUGAAUUGGAUUUUCAUUAUUGGAAUUAUUGUUAAUGUCAUGAGAGUUAUGGUUCCAACCUUAUGGAUGAUAAGUGUGAACCAAUAUUUUUUAAUACAAGACAUGGUAACAUUAUAA